AUGCCACUAGAACUUGUCAGCAUGGAGGGUGGAAAGAAAAUCCUCUCUCCAGGAGAUAGAGGUUUCAUUAUGAGCUUGUCCAAGAUUCGCUGGAACAAGCAUGCAUCUGUUGAAGCUCUCAAAAUGUUGAAAAGCUUUGCCCAGGCAUAUUACGCAGAAAAGUGCCCUGAGGGUGAAGCCCCAGUUGAAGAAGGGUCUGAAGGGGGCAGCGUACACACAAACAGUGGAGGAAACCGAACUGGCAUUCAGUUUGUCCACAGGGAAUUAAUGUUCACUACUUUCUGUUUCAUUGCUACCAAUUUAGCAGAUCCUGCAGAUUAUGCUCACUACAUAAUGACCCAGCUCGCAGAUUCCAAACAUCUUCCUAAAACGAAGUUCCCAUUUCGAAUAAUGCCGGUACAAGCUGUUUGUGAGGCCCGCCCAAAGGCUAUAGAAAAAGCAAUUAUACCGCUCAUUGAAAAGAUUUUGGGGGUGGAUGAUCAGCCUUAUAGAUUCUCUUUGUUGUAUCGGGGGAAUAGUGAAGCGGACCACUUAACCCAGCAAGAGGCCAAAUUUGUGGUACGAAACUGUGUUUGGGCCGUGAAUCCGUAUUGUGUUCAGUGCCUGAAGUAUCAGGACUACGCUGUUCUCUUAGACAUAGUGGCCCCACUCUUCUGUUUUGGGAUAGCCAAAGAUUACCAGCGUCUGGCAGGGUACAACACGUGGACUAUCAGAAUGGGGCUGGAUCUUGCGGAAGAAAAGGAGGACAGCGAGGAUGAGUUUAGUGAUAAUUCAACCCUGGAUGAUCAGUUGGAGCGAAAGAGAAAGAUUGAGUUUAAAAAAAGGCGUCGUGCAGAAAUGGCCGAGUUACAAAACUCUCAGCAGACAGAAGGGCAGGAGAAUCAGCCAGAAGAAUCUGAGAUGCCGAGUGCCAAUGAAGCAGGAGAUGGUCCAGAAAAUGGCGAGUAA